AUGAAGAAUAUUUGGCGCGAUUUGGAUAGACUGCCUCAACUGGAAGAGGAAAAGCAGCGAUCAAGGAAAAAGUGGGACGAAGUAAAGCAAAAGUUGAAAUGGGAUGAAUGUUACGAAGAUGCCAUGAAAGCACUCCAGGAAAGCCGAAAUGUGGAUGCCCAUCCAGCCCCUUUAACGGAGGAAGGUCUUGCAAGAGCCGCAGAAGUCAUGGAUUCCAAAGGUAACCUGAAAGGUUGGCUGUCUUUGAAACGAGUGAAUGAGUUGAUAACUAUGUAGAAAAACGUUCAGACAAUGGAGUGAGUCAUAUGUUUGUGCUUUAUUGGUAUCGCUGAAAUAGUUUUAAAAUCAAAUUUAGCUGCUUUAUUACCAAGGAAGGAUAAUAGAAACUUGUGACUUCAUUCUAAGUUACUAUCCAUGCGAUUGAGCUACAGCUAAAGGGAACUAUGUUUCACACGCUAAAAUAUGGAGACGAACAUUUACAAAGUCACGAUGUUUUAUUUUUUUAUUUUAAACUAGAUUCUAUUAGGGAUUAUUAGACUAUUUGAACAUUAUAUCAAAUGUUUCACUUGGGAGUAAGAAAAACCGUUUCGAUUCUCGAUGUAAAUCAUCAACAGAUUUGAAGUUUAAAUUUAGCCUAAUUGUGUGGUCGCAAACAUCCUUUUUGCCUGAGGAUUGAAAUGUGAAAAAAGUCGAACCAAAAUGCUCAUAACAGAAUAAAACUGUCGCCUUAUCGAAGUUAAAAUGCGAAACCAGUUUGCCUCGCACGCUGACAGAAUGGCUGAUUGUAGUUAUACCGUGGCUUGCAUCAGAACCUCGGUCACAACUGAUGCGCGGAGAAAUAGGUGACGAAUUUUAAUGCGAACACCGAAAAUUCCACGAAAUAUCACUGCUUUUACUCAAUGCUGAGCCUCGUCUGUAAAGUAGGCGAUUCCUCUUCUUCUAAUGUUAAUACUUAGUACAGAUUUAAGUACUCAUGCUAGACUUUUGUAAGCCGGUAGACAGACAUAAUUCUGUUCUAGGGGUAUUUCAACUUUCACUUUCUUUCAAGUAUUCUUCUAUUUCAGGAUUGAGAAACAAAAAACAAUGUCAGCUCAAAAUCGCAAAUUCCGCGAGGCCAAUUAAUCCACUAUACACAGGAAUUCACUGAAGUAAAAAACAAACCUGACCUGAAACCAUAUUCAUUACUUUUAUCCAUCUUAUUUCCCUCGGAUCGCGCGCAAAGAAGUCACAUCGAUAAAGAAAACCAUACAUAGUUCAGGACUAUAAAAGUAAUGAGUUUUUCUUCAUUGGUUCUGUGUACAUUCAAAAACGAAGCUUAUUUAUCUGUACAGCUUCGAAAAUUAUGCUUUUAUCUAGUUAAUUCCAAGAGUAAGUGGAUUUCCGAGAAAUUGAACUCUUGUUGAAUUGCAUAACGCAACAGGUCACUGUUUUGUUCAUUUCCGUCAUAACGCAAAAAUAUCAGGAAUUACUAUGGCAAGAUACUUGAUUAUUUUAUCAAGCGCUUCACUGUCAGAGUUAAGAGGCAUAUUUUAUUCAAAGGUGGAAAAUAUGGGAAACACUCAUGAGAAUUCGAGCUAAAAAAUUAACCGCACGACCGCAAUCAUCCUUCCCACAUGUAAACCGAGUACGACUGCUGAUUAGCAUAUAGAUGAAAAAUAUUUGCUAUUCCUUUGAACAAUUGCAAUUUCUGAUACUCAGAAGGAUGGUCAACCGCUUUGAAAUGUGAAAUGGCCAGAAACUACUCGUCACAGAAGUCAUCCGCCCAAUUCUCAGAAACAUCAAUUACUGGUCCACGCUUGCAUCACGAGGUGACCUUGGUUGUUAUUGGUUCACACCCCAACACGUCAUUAAAACACUAUGCUUCAUUAAAAAAAAAGAUAAUCACAUCAAUCAUAUGUGCAUAGCUCUGAUGACCCAAGUAAGGGACGGCUUCUUCUAAAACAUAACAUAAGAUUGAUCUGAGACCUUGGAGAUUUGUUUCAAUUGUAUAACAGAGUCGAAAUAAUGUUAAGAAUGCGAGCGCUGAAAACCUAACCGCGCCCUAGUCGUUUCUUAAAAGUAUCUUUAGUUGUUUCUGGAUAACUUUGGGCUAAGAUAUCAUUUCCAUAUCGUGAAUUUUCCAAAAAAAAUUCACCCCUAUUCACAGACCUUCCGCGAUGCGACUGGCCAAGUGAGAGACGACUAGAGAGGGGUCAGGGAAGUCAUGCCCGAGGCCGGAAAAGUGAUACAUUUUUUACGAUAUUUUUUAUUGUGUUGCAGUUCUCGAUUAAUACAUAGGUCUAGCAAGAUCGUGAACAGUUAAAUUAUGAAAUACUUGCAAAGACAAAAGAGGAUUGUUUGCUAUUGUUCGUAGGAGCUUUCAAGUACCAAGGUCAUGGAUCGUAACAGUUUUUGAUUAAGUUUCUUUGUAAUCCAUUAAUUUACGUUUUGGAUCAUUUGCUGAUUUCUAAAACAACUUGCCGUAAUUGAAGCUAUUGAAUAUCUUGGAGACUAGUGUGCCCACGGACGGUUUUACUUUGUGUAUAUGUUGAAGUGAGUUCAGUGAAAAGAGCCUCUUGCUGAACCAAGCACACAGGCUUCGAAGUUUAUAGUUGACGUACCAAGUUCACGUAGGCUUAAUUUAUUUCGUAGCCGUUUAAUUGGGUAAGGAACUUUGCCGAGUAAUGGCUUUGACCAGGAUUAAGAAGAUAAACAAUACAAUUAUUUCCAAUAAUCAAAGCAGUCCAACCAUCACGAAUGAUAUUCCUCCUGCGCACUUGUUUAGAACAUAUCGAAACUGGAAUCAUUGACGUAAGUCGACUUAUGGACUCUUUCGCUCCUUCACUCGAUCCCAUUGUUUGAAAUUAAUCUUUCAAUGCAACGUUUCAAUAGACAGUAUUUCCCCGAAUAAGCGCUCACGCUCUUAAAGGGCAUCCUCCCUCGAAUAUCAAAUAAGCGCCCCAUCCCCUCUAACCUGCUUAAAACAGCAGGGAUACAAGAAAAAUCUGUUUCUAUUUCCACUUUAUUUAUAAAUUUUCAAGCUUCAACUACAGCGGCAUCAAUAUAGAUGAAUGAUAAGUACCUUCUUUCCAAUAACCUGUAUUCUCUUGUGGUUUAACUAAGUGGUCCGGAGUUCGUUUGAAAACUGUGUAGCAAAUCAAGGUUGUGUUCGGGCGAGAAGCCUGGUGUAAAAAAUGGCAUACACACCUGGAAAUGUAGCUUGAUUCUCUGCAUGAUUUUUUUUGGCCACAGUCGACUGAUGCAUGUGGUUGCAUCAGAAUGACAGCAUUUAUUCUCUGUAACUCGCUCUAAUAUCUGAAAAUCUAGUGCUACUGAAACUUUGUUUUGACUCGCUUGAUUACGAAUGCUCGAUAUCAAAUUCUAGGAAUCUCAAUGGUUUCGCAACGGAUCCCAUGCGCAUUGCAUAGGUAUGAAUGUAUUGCAUGUGUUUGGGUGUCUUUUGUAACACAGUUCCUUUAAGCUUGUUCUUAUAUUCAUUUUUGCCCAUUACGACAAAACGAAGGUUUCAUUUGUAUUUUUGCAGCAUAGCAACGGAGUUAUGUUUUUCUCUACUUCCAAGAUAUUGGAUGUUGGUGUACCCAUUUGAAAAUAUCAUCUGCUAGGUAAACACUAACUACCAGAAACGGUUGUGAUUUGUCCGGCAAUGGUAUCCGAUAAUGAUCCCGCACAAAGCAAAAGAGCUUAGUCAAGCAAAUUCUACUUUUAGAAACCUGUCUGAUGAAUGACACCCUCCCAUUUCUAGAAUUCCUUUUUUCUUUCUUUUCCCUUUUUUCUCCCAAUUGCUUUUUCUCUGCAGAAGCGGAAAAAGGGGAAAAAUGACAGUAUCUUUCAUCUUGUAAUGGUACUCAUGGUUAUGCACGCCGUUCCCCGAAAAUAUAUUCAUGCAUUUGUUUCAGCUUGCAUCGCAUAAUUUUUUUGCCAAAGCAGACUGAUGCAUGUGGUAGCGUCAGAAUGACAAAAUUUAUUUCUCCGUAAUUCGCUUUAAAAUCUAAAAACUGGUGCUACUCAAACUUUGUAUUGACUCACUUGAUUAUGAAUGCUUGCUAUCAAAUUCUAAGAAAAUUUAAUGGUUUCGCGACAAAUCUCAUGCACAUUGCAUGGGUAUGAAUUUAUUGCAUGUGUUUGGGUGUCUUUUCUAACACAGUUCCUAUAUUUAUUUUUGCCUAUUACCACGAAACGAAAGUUUCAUUUAGAUUUUUACAGCAUAACAACGAAUCUAUGUUUUUCUCUACUUCCAAGAUAUUGGAUGUUGGUUCACCCAUUUCCUACAAAUUUGGAUGACACGAAAAGAUUUGAAAAUAUCACCUGUUAGGUAAAACACUAAACACCAGGAACGGUUGUGGUUUGUCCGGCAAUGGUAUCCCAUGAUGAUGAUGCACAAAGCAAAGAGCCUAGUCAAGCAAAUUCUAUUUUUAAAAACCUGCCUAAUCAUUGACAAAUUGAAGAAAAAUUUAAACUGAAAUACAAUUUUUAUGACACCCCAUAUAUGUCGCAAAUAAAUCGCAGACUGUGACUAAGAAAAGCUUGUUUUCCUAUAUGUAAUUGGCGAUGAUGUUCGACAUUAUGGGAUUGCGUAUAAAAUGGUGUUCAACCAACUCAACUACACUUAAACCUUUGCAAAAUCGCAAAAGAUCUGCAUUUACACGGUAAUUUUCCAAGAAUAACAGAUUCUCUUUUCCAUAUUUCCUUUUUUCUUUAAAAGGUUAACCAAGUCAAGUCACGUUACAUCAGCCAUGAAUUCUCCAGAGCAAUGAUUCUAUAACGGUUUAAGAUGGCCCGCCGCUAUUUUCUUUUCCAGAAAAUAUUGUUUGACCCUGAAAUCUGUUAAUAUCUUAUUUUAUUCGCACCGAGUUAUGAUGCUUUAUGAAAUCUUCAAAUGUGUUAUUCCGAAUGCCAAAUAUUAAAGAAAGCGGUUUACGUUUAAAUGCCGCAAAUUCGACUUCUCCCGGCUGCCAUGGAUAUCCAUAUAUACCUUUGUUCAAAGUUUACCAUAAUUAGAAACGUGUGGUCCGUUGCCAUGUUGGUGUUCCGAGCAAAUCCUGUGGGAUUUGAACGCUUAUGAAACAAUUUCUUGUGUCCCUCCAAAUUAACAUACCUAUUGACCACGUGAGUGAAUUGCACUCUGCAGUAGUUGCGUUGCUCAUGAUAAAACGCAGAUUGCAGACCAUGCAGACUGUGCAGUCCGCGCAGACCGUGCUUACUAUGCAACUUUUUUGUUUGCCUUUUUUAAAACUGUGAUUUACAUAGGAUUAUGGUGUAUACACCUUUUCCUUACUCUUUUGAUAACAUAGGAACUGUUUGCAAGUUUUGGACACCACAUGAUGGAAUUUCACGAGGUUAUUUCGAGCUCUCGCUACCUAGCAAACAAAAUCACAGGUUCAAGUUUCUCGAGCUCAUGGAGAUAAGCCCUGCUAUUAUUACUUCCAUUUCUUGUCAAAAGGCAAAUUAGCUCCUAAAUGAUUAAAAAUCAUCUGAAAUAAUAUCAAAGUAUAGAAAGCCUUAGCAUUUUAAAUAACUGUAGUUUAUCAGUAUGAGUUAACGUUUUGUUCGAAUGAUCAGCUCUAUAUCAAUGCUUUCCCAUGGUUUUAUUUUAUUGUACUAAAGUUAAGAAGUUCCAAAUUAUCUGACAUGCCUUAGAAAAUUAAUUACCUAGAUACAUACACACGCCUCAACGCUACUUCACUUAAAAACAUCUUCGAAGCUUAUUCUCUACAUAUUUGAGGUUGUUUUGAAAUUCAUCAUAAAGGCGUAAUUGCUUAAACGCUUAUUAAGAUCAGGCUGUUAAGAAACGAAAUUCUAGGAAAUUGGUAAGAUCAUCACCAGAAUACCUGUUUCUCAGAAUUGGCCAUGAACUUCCGCUUGCCGUUAGGUGCAAUCAUAAAUCUAACAAAGAAUAUCUGAUAAAGUAUUUGAAGUAACGCGUAAGUAUAAAUUUAUUUUUGGUCAGUGGAGACAUAGGUAGUAAAUUGGAGGUUCUAACAAACUAAAGCCUAUAUACAAGUCAAAGAGGAGAAAAUUAUCAACCUUGGCCAUUUGCAUUGUUUAUGUCAACUAAUCAGCCACAUGUUCUUGCUGCAAGACAUUUGAUUGGUUAAAGAAAACGCCGCGUCACAUUGCGAGUGGGUCCCAGCUUACCGUUACGCUGACGUACACAAGUUUCACCUGACAAAAAGUGAAACCAGAUUUUCGCCGAACCUUUCGCCAAGGUACACAACCGAAACAUUACGUCUUACCCGCAGCCAUGAUUAUAGACGACCAACUUCGACAACUUGCGGGUGAAGAUUUUGAUCCAAGAUCGAUCGGAUUUCCCAUAGGAAUCACUUUUACGAGAGAAGUACAUCAUCAAGAGGGAGCAAGAAUAAGCGAGGCCGUAAUUAGUCAUGGCGAAGACAUCGAAUCUCUCAAAAAGCAAAUCGAUGAAAAGGACAAAAAAAUCGAAGAACUAAACGAAGCCGUGGAAAAUUUGCAGGAGCAGAACCAAGAGUUAACUGUGGCGCUCAAGACCAGAAACGAAGAGAUCCAAGCCCUUAAAUCGAGAAUUAAGAGACUCGAGAGCGACAAGAAAGGAUUAGAGGACGAGCUGAAGUCUCUCACAGUCAAAGUCGGUCGAAUGGAGAAGGAUAUCGAGGAACUGAACGAAGCAAAAAUUGCUCAGCAAGAGAAAAACAUGGAAUUACAAGAAAAUUUCGACAAGGCCACGGGCAGGAUGGAGAGUAGAAACCAAUUAAUGAAGAAAGAGAUAAAGGAGAUUCGAGAAUCACAACACAAGGAGUCGCUGCCGCCAUCAGUUGCAACCCAAAGGGCAGGAGGACGUCAAAUGCUUACUUCUCCAUUACCAAGGCACCUUCAGAGAGCCGAUUGGGAACUGCAUGCCUCGCUUACUUUGGGGGAGCUGUGUCGACAAUUCCAGAACAAGUUGUAUAAGAUAAUAUUCCCGAAUUCGUUCCAGUCAAACAGAAACUACAAGAUGAAGAAUAUUAGGCGCGAUUUGGAAAAACUGCCUCAGUUGGAGGAGGAAAAGCAGCGAUCAAGGAAAAAGUGGGACGAGGUGCAAAAAAAGUUGAAAUGGGAUGAAUGUUACGAAGAUGCCAUGAAAGCACUCCAGGAAAGCCGAAAUGUGGAUGCCCAUCCAACCCCUUUAUCGGAGGAAGGCCUUACAGCAGCCGCAAAACUCAUGGAUUCCAAAGGUAACCUGAAAGGUUGGCUGUCUUUGAAACGAGUGAAUGAGUUGAUAACUAUGUGGAAAAACGUUCAGACAAUGGAGUGA